GCGCCAUUUGCUUCUUGGACUCUAGCGGUGAAUGACAAUAAAACUGAGCUCGCACACAAAAAAACCGAAACCGCUCAAAUAAAAUAAAAUAAAAAAAACCCGGUUCAUCCUCAUGGAGGCGGCGGUCAACCCGUCUAUUGACAGCAGGUCUGUCAUGACGGGUGCCAUGGAGUCAAGCGCAGCCAACCCGGGCAAACGCAUUCGCAAACCCUCUCUACUCUACGAGGGCUUUGAGGGCCCCGGCCUGCCUCUCACACCCACGCCUGUAGCGGGGCCGCCUCCCUCGCAGCAUCUCCCAGUGAAGGACCCGAGCCGGCAGGGCCGCGUCACCAACCAGCUGCAGUACCUCCAGAAGGUGAUGACGAAGGCGCUGUGGCGUCACCACUUCGCCUGGCCUUUUCACGAGCCCGUGGACGCCGUUCGUCUCAACCUGCCUGACUACCACAAGAUCAUCAAGCAGCCCAUGGACAUGGGCACCAUCAAGAAACGGCUGGAGAACAACUACUACCGCAGCGCCAGCGAGUGCAUCCAGGACUUCAACACCAUGUUCACCAACUGCUACAUCUACAACAAGCCCACUGAUGACAUCGUGCUGAUGGCCCAGUCUCUGGAGAAGGUCUUUCUGCAGAAGGUGGCUCAGAUGCCCCAGGAGGAGAUCGAGUUGCCCCCUCCUGCACCCAGGGGUCGAGCAAUCAAGACUGCCAAAUCCCGGCGGGGAAGAGGUGGUCUGAGUGCAGCUCAGCAGGUCCCGGCUGUGUCCCAAUCUGCCUACUCGCCCUCUUCUCCUGACACCCCUGAUUCCAGGUUUUCCGGCUCUCCUCACAUGAUGCUGAGUAAACCUGGACCUCCUCCUCCUCCUCCUCCUCCUCCUCCCCCACUCAUGACUCUGCCCCCCACACAGCCCACCGCUAAGAAGAAAGGCGUGAAGCGUAAAGCGGACACCACCACCCCGAGCACCACAGGCUUCCCUGUGCCUCCUGCAGGCCGUGCUAUGGGUAUGGGUAAGGGCCGUGGCGCUCUCUCGCUCUCGCCGGUACCCAGCCUGACGUGUGGCAUGGGCGUGAGCGAGCCCGUGCACCUGCAGCCCGUCAUGGGCCGAUCCGUGCCCCGGCGUCCCAUCAAACCCCCGCGCAAAGACCUGCCCGAGCUGGCGAGGCCAAAGAGUGCGCCGCGGCACCGUACCAAGCUGAGCGGCCAACUGCGCUACUGCAGCUCCAUCCUGAAAGAGCUGCUGAGUAAGAAGCACGCGGCCUACGCCUGGCCCUUCUACAAACCCGUCGACGCAUCACUGCUUGGCCUGCACGACUAUCAUCUCAUCAUCAAACACCCCAUGGACCUCAGCACCAUCAAGAGGAAGAUGGACGAGCGGGAGUACAGGGACGCUCAGGAGUUUAGUGCUGAUGUGAGGCUCAUGUUCUCCAACUGCUAUAAGUACAAUCCACCUGAGCACGACGUGGUGGCCAUGGCACGCAGACUGCAGGACGUGUUUGAGUUCCGUUUCGCAAAGAUGCCUGAUGAGGUCCUGGAGGAAGAGGAGGAGGAAGAAGGCUUAGCGCCGACCUCUCUGGGUCGUAACGUGGGCAUUAUGGGAUUGCAGCACUCCUCCUCCUCCUCGUCGUCCUCUUCAUCUUCAUCGUCCUCAUCGUCUCCCUCCUCUUCAUCGGAAAGCGAGCCGAGUAGCGACAGUGAGCCGAGCAGCGAGAGCAGCCCAAGCUCGGACAGCGAGGAAGAGAGAGCGCAGCGCCUGGCCCAGCUGCAGGACCAAGUGUGCACUCAGCUGCGGGCGGUGCACGAGCAGUUAGCCGCGCUCUCGUCCGGCCCCAUCAUCAAACCCAAGAAGAAGCGGGAGAAGAAGAAGGACAAGAAGAAGAAGAAGAAGCCUGAGAAGCGCAAAGGUGGCCGGAGCAACGAGAGGGAGAGAGAGAAAGUAACCAAAGUGACCAAGAGCAAAUCCAGCAAGAUGGCGCCCGUGUCCACUCAGAGCAAGAAAGCUCCUGCCAAGAAGAACAGCAAGAGCAACAAGACAACUAAGAAGUCUUUGGCAGCUGCGGCACGUUUUUCAUCUUCUGCCCCGCCGAUUCCGCAAUACGACUCAGAGGAGGAAGAGGACGGUCUGCCUAUGAGCUACGACGCCAAGCGCCAGCUCAGCCUCGACAUCAACAAGCUGCCGGGAGACAAGCUGGGCCGCGUCGUGCACAUCAUCCAGUCCCGCGAGCCCUCGCUGCGCGACACCAACCCCGAGGAGAUCGAGAUCGACUUUGAGACGCUCAAACCGUCUACGCUGCGUGAGCUCGAGAGCUACGUCACCAGCUGCCUGCGCAAAAAGCCACGGAAACCUUACGUGAUGAAGCCGGCCGGUGGGAAGUCUCGUGAGGAGCUGGCUUUGGAGAAGAGAAGGGAGCUGGAGAGAAGGCUGCAGGAUGUUAGUGGCCAACUCAACUCUGUCAAAAAGCCCCAGAAACCCAAAGUGGAGAAGGCCAGCGUGAGCACAGAGCCACACUCCAUGCCCGCUCGCCUCAGCGCCAGCAGCUCCAGCUCUGACUCCUCUUCAUCCUCCUCCGAUUCCUCUUCCUCAGACACCAGUGACUCUGACUCCAGGUGAUCGUGCGGGUUAUGAGAGCACCGUGACAUGACAAAGGCAUGUCCUGAAAUCCCGGCAGGAUGAAUUCUGGGAGGACCGAGGCUGUGUGGGUGAUCCAGAAAUCCAGAGAUGGAAGGACAGAAGGAGAAAGGAAAGAAAAAAAAUAAUUAAAAAAAAAAAAGAGCCAAACUGUAUCAUCCCUAGGACACACUUUCAUGUGCAACGACAGAUUCCCAAAAGCGUGUUGAGACGUGUUUGUUAACCAUGUACAGACUGUGUUGGAUUAAUUUUUCUUUCAUAAAGAAGACUUUUAUAAACGUGCCCAUAGUGGGAGGUCAUGUGGACAUAGAAACUGCGCUGGAGUCUUGUCAGUCAUACGAAUUUCUUUCAUUCGUUGUGGAUUUAGAGCUCGGUUUAAAAUUCUGUUUCUCCAAACCACAACAUUUGACGCCUACCUUAAUCUUAAUCUUAAGUCUGCCUUAAUUUGAAGCAAGAAAAGCAAUGUAACUCUUAUUUCAUAUAGAAUAUUAGAGUGGAUGUUUCGUCGUGCUUUAAAAUUCAAUCAGGAAGCAAAAUUUUGACAAAAUGUCCGAAGAUGAAAGAGAAUUCGUGUUGAGCGUGCUGUUCGAGUUCCUUUUUGCGUGUAAUGAUUAGCCAAAGGGAGGAAUAUCCAUCAUAAAACUUGUAUAAUUUGUACUCAAGGUUAUUCAGUGCGAUUAUUCCAGUGACCAGUAAUGUGUUUAAAAAAAUUAACUAGUUAAAGGUGUAGUCUGUGAUUUUUAGGUCGAAGUUAGCUGUCUUAAAACUCAAAAUUCGAACAAAUUUAGGCGUGGCUUUGGAGGGAACGCUGAAGGCUUUAUUAGUUUGAGUUUUGAGAACUAGCUUCGGAUUCCUUGCGCAAAAAUCGUGGUCCACAUCUUUCUCACAUUUUCAAGGACAUGAUGAGAAUGUGUUUUGGACUUUAAUCACUGACUGCAUCUUUAAUGUUCACUUUUCUUUGUUUGUUCAUUUUAAUGUUUUUACAUCAUCAAAUACAGGUUUUGAACGUCUCAAACUGAAGUUUGUUAUAUUUGUCCCGUUAUCUUAGCUGGACUUGCUAACGAGGCCGAUACCGAGUGCACGCUAAUAAUUAUCCCAGGUUAGCCUGACCUCAGUUCUGCAGUGCUAACUGUUUUCCUUCUAGCGUUCAGUCAUUGCUAGCAUUUAUUGUGCUGCUUAAAGUCACAGAUUCAAAACCCAGAUCCUGUUUUGAAAAUGUGAUGCCUGAAGUUUGAGCUUUCUUUCAUUUGUCAGGUUUGAAAUGGUGAUUUUGUAGGGGGGCAAAAAAAAAAAAAAAAGCCAGUGCAUGAAAACCAUGGAGCGAUUAUUGUAUAUAACCUCCUCAGAUCAUUAUUCUGCUUUUUCUUCUUUCUUUUGUAUCAACUAUCAUCGUUUUAACCUGUUUUGUUUCUUGAAUGUAAGGAAUACCACCCGGUUGUUGUGAACCAUGUAGCUGCACAGACACAACAUUCUGUUCCUGCGAUAUUUAUAUUUAAAAUAUGGUCUUUGAAUUGUAUAUUUAGUUUGGUUUUAUUUGGGUGUGAAUACAUGUAUGCCAACUGA